AUGGUGUCAACUAGCGUUGAUAAUAAUCCAUGUUCAAUAUGUGGUGUCAGAAGAUGGGUACUUCCAUGUGACGGCUGCCAUCGAUUGUUUUGUUUCAAACAUGUAUCCGAUCAUCGAGCCGACCUUACAAAACAACUGGAUACCAUCCAAAAUCAGUAUGAUAAUUUAAAACUUAUUUAUAAUCAACAUGAGAAAUAUCAAGAACAUCCAUUAUUUUCCUUUAUCGAUGUAUGGGAGCAGGAUAGUAUAGCUAAAAUUCAACAAACCGCUGAAAAGGCUCGCGAGGAACUCCGGAAAGUACACGAUGAAGCCAACGAUCAAAUGAAAGCUGCGCUUAAGCAUUUCAAUGAACAAAUGAAUAUUGGACGUCAAAAGGAUGACUAUACAGAAAGAGAACUUGAUGAAUGGAAAGAACAAUUAAUAAACAUCAGAAAACAAUUAGAAACCCCGUGUGAUAUUGAGUUAGUAUCAGAUAAUACCGUAGCUCCAAUACAUAUGAUUAAGAUCAAUACGACAAAACCGAAAUUAUUGCUUGAAAAUGCCCCAAUUUCCCAAAACACGCCACCAGAUGAAGAAACAAGCAAUAUCCAAUGUCCCAAUGAUAACGAUGAGGAAAUUACUAAGCAACAAUCAGCUAUCAUUGAUGUUACUGAGAUACCUGUCGUAGAAUCUUCCGAAUCGACUGAACCAAGUGCUAUAUCGAAAGUUGAAACUCAGAUAACUCUUAAUUCGUCCACUAUGUCCUUGAUUGAAUCGGAUCGUCUACUUGAUCCAACUAAAAAGCACGAUCUUUUGUUUCUUAAGCUUACAUCUGAAAUUCAUUCUGAAUUACCGCAAAUUCUGAGUCAAUUAACUGAUCAUCAUUUACAUAUAUUCCAUCAAAGAGAUGAUUUUCUGAAUCAAUUAAAAUUUUGCGAACAAGCAAUAAUUUUUAUUGAUGUUUCGGAUAUACCAUUGGAUGAACGAAACUAUUUAUUAGACAGUAUUUCAGAAGUCGAUGAUGUGUAUUAUCUAUAUAUUCGUGGUUGUCCAUCGGAUGAUGAUGAUGAACGUUGCUAUUUUUUUCGACGAUAUCCAAAGAUAAAAGCAAUGUUUGAAAACGAACAACGUCUUAUGGUUCAAUGGGCAAUAGAUACAGCAAAUGAAUAUAAAACUAUGGGUGAUGUGUACCUAGAAAAUGGUGAUAAGGAAAAUGGACGUAAAUGCUUUGAGCAAGGUAUUGCAUUGUAUAAAAGUUUAUCGGUUUUUUUCAAUGAAAAACGACGCAUUCGAUAA